AUGAUUACCAGACAUCGAUGUUGCAAUAUAUUUUUCGUAGUAUGCUGUUUCUUUCUUCAGGUUCCUAAUUACACUUUCGUGAGUGGACAUGGACGUCUGAUGGACCCUCCAGCACGAAACUGCAUGUGGCGUUUCGGGUACCCGAAUCCCGUAAAUUACAACGAUAAUGAACUCUUCUGUGGUGGUUAUGCAGUUCAAUGGGUGCAGAAUAAAGGCCAGUGCGGGGUUUGCGGGGAUGCCUAUCACUUGCACGAACCGAGACCACACGAAGCAGGGGGAGAAUACGCCAAGGGGACAAUUGUCAGACAUUACACCGUUGGCCAGGAUAUCGAUGUCGAGAUCGAGCUUACAGCGAACCAUUUAGGGAGAUUCGAAAUGUAUCUUUGUCCAAAUAAUAAUCCGAGGCAGGUGGCAUCCCAGGAAUGCUUUGAUAGGUAUCCUCUGUACGUAUCUGGAACACGGGACGUCCGAUUCGAGAUUCCUCAGGAUACCGAAAGAAAAGCUAUAUUUCGGUACAAGGUAACUUUACCGGCCUAUGUCACCUGUACACAAUGCGUGAUGCAAUGGAAUUAUUAUACCGGUAACAUGUGGGGCACUUGCGAAAAUGGAACCGAGGCGAACGGAUGUGGGAGACCAGAGACGUUUCGAAAUUGCGCCGACGUGAGCAUUGUCACUAGUACCGCUGGUGUGCCACCUCUCUUCGUACAACAGGAUAAUCCCUUCUUGCUCUAUUACAAAGACUAUCGUUCUCCAAAUAUCUUUCCACUCGUUGUCAGAUCUCAGGUGUGCCUGUCUACUCCUCUGUAUCGGCGUAUACCAGGAAUGAACAAUUGGUGUCAGACCAACUGCCUUCGUUAUCCGCCAAAUUGUCCAGCAACUAUCUGUCAAUGCCCGGAGGUGUGCGAUGCAAUCGGAGAUCUUGACGGCAAAGAUGGCGCCAGCGUCUACUGCAUGGACAAGUGUCUCGUUUAUCCACCCAGCUGUCCCUCUCAUCGCUGUCGCUGUUACUAA